AUGGCAAAAGCUGACAUUGGGCUCAUUGGAUUAGCCGUGAUGGGCGAAAAUUUGGCUCUCAAUAUUGAGAGCCAAGGGUUUCGGAUCUCGGUAUUCAAUCGUACGGUCUCAAAGGUGGAUGAUUUCAUCGCAGGAGGGGCAAAAGGUAAGAAUAUUGUUGGCACACAUUCAAUCAAAGAGUUCAUUGGUUCACUGAGUGCACCGAGGAAAAUAAUCCUAAUGGUGCAGGCUGGCACUGCGGUUGACGCAUGUAUCAACGAAUUGACACCACAUCUCUCAGAAGGCGAUCUGAUCAUUGAUGGCGGAAACUCGAAUUUCCAAGAUACCAUCCGCCGUAACACUGACCUCGCAGCGAAGGGGAUACGGUUUAUCGGAACCGGGAUAUCGGGCGGCGAGGAAGGUGCUCGAUAUGGUCCUGCGAUGAUGCCCGGUGGCGAUCCUGAAGCUUACGCGCUUGUCGAACCAAUCUUCACAAAGAUUGCGGCCCAAGUCGAUGGUACUCCGUGCGUGUCUCACAUCGGUCCCGAUGGCGCUGGACACUAUGUGAAAAUGGUACAUAACGGUAUCGAAUACGGCGACAUGCAAAUCAUCUGUGAGGCGUACGCCCUAAUGAAACACGUCCUCGGCAUGAAUGCUGAAGAAAUGCACCAGACUUUCAAAAAAUGGAAUGAAGGCGAGUUGGAUUCAUAUCUAAUUGAGAUUACAGCCGACAUCUUUACGCAGACAGACAAAUCGGGUGUCCCCCUUGUGGAAGUUAUCCUUGAUGCUGCAGGGCAAAAAGGCACGGGAAAAUGGACAAGUAUCUCUGCCCUAGAUACCGGCAUCGCCGCUCCUACCAUCGCUGAAGCGGUCUUCGCACGGUGUAUCUCGGCGGUGAAGGAGGAACGGGUCAAAGCCUCGAAAAUUAUCCGUGGUCCCAGUGGUAAAUAUGAAGGUGACAAAUCAGAGUUGCUAGCGGCUAUCCAUGAUGCCAUGUAUGCUUCCAAGAUUUGCUCCUACGCCCAAGGGUUUGCGUUGAUGCGCGAAGCAAGCAGCGAGUAUAAUUGGGAUCUCGAUUUGGGGACAAUCGCUCUUGGCUGGCGCGGUGGUUGUAUUAUUCGCGCCCGUUUUCUGCAUCGAAUCGCCGAUGCCUAUGAGAACGACCCCAACUUGCCAAAUCUGUUACUUGAUCCCUAUUUCCUUGAGGUUAUUGAAAGAACUCAGGACAAUUGGCGGCAUGUGGCUGCAAUCGCUAUGCAGCUCGGUAUUCCGAUACCGGCGUGUAGCUCGGCACUGGCUUACUUCGAUAGCUACCGCAGUGCUCGUGUAUCUGCCAACCUCAUCCAAGCACAACGGGAUUACUUUGGCGCACACACCUACAACCGGAUUGAUGCCGAUGGCAAGACAGUUGUGGGGGCGGAUGGGCAGCCGACUGUUUUCCACACGGAGUGGAUGGUGGAAGGUAGGCCAGAAGUCGUUGUUGAUUAA